AUGACGGAUAAAUCUUCCAGCACCCUCUCUCCGCAGUCAUCCAGGAAGGAGGCAGCCCUCCAGAAGACAGCUCCAGACACUCCCCGGCCUCGGGAUCAGAUCCCUGAUUGGAAAUGGAAAGGGAGUCUCGGCGUUGUCAUGCUAACAACGGUAAUCAAUGGAUACGAUGUGAGUAACGUGGCCAACAUCCAGCCGCGACUGUACGAGGCAUUCGGUAACAUUGAGCUUCUCCCGUGGAUCGGCCUUUCUUUCAGCUUAGCCGUCUUUGCCUUAUUAUCCUUUUCUCGGAAGAUCCUGUACUGUUUCGACAUGCAAUGGAUCUAUAUUGUCAGUAUUGUUGUCUUCAUGGCCGGGGCUGCGGUGGCAGGAGCGGCCCAUAAUCUAUCCUCGGUCAUUGUGGGUCGGACAAUCAUGGGUGUGGGUGGUUCUGUGAUCUAUCAAUCCAAUCUGACUUUCGUCGCCGUGUUCGCCACUCCAGCCGAGACACCCCGUCUUUUUGGACUGCUGGGUGCAUUAUGGGCCGUAGGUCUCGUCAUCGGCGGCCCCAUCGGGUCAGCCCUGGCCACCAACAGCAGCACGACCUGGCGAUGGGCUUUUUACAUGAACCUGCCAUGGGCUGGCCUUGGCCUCAUUAUAACCUUUAUCUGUAUGCCUAGCAAAUACCUCGGACCCGACAUUCCCGUAUGGUCUCGCCUUGCGCGAAUCGACCCUAUUGGCAUCAGCAUGAACAUGGCCGCGCCGGUUCUGUUUGCCCUGGCCUUGGAAUUCUCCGGUCCUGUCUGGGCCUGGGGAUCUGCUGCAUCUAUCGCCGUGUGGGUAGUCUUCGGCGUGGUGAUGAUCGGGUGGAUCGUCCAACAGUAUUGUUGCAUCGGCACAACUCCCGACCAACGUGCCAUUCCGGUGCACCUGCUCAGUCGCCUUGAUUUACUUCCCCUGUGGAUCGCGUCCGGAUGCGCAGGGGCAUCGUACGCCGUGACACUGUACUACACUCCGCUCUUCUUCGCCUUCGCCCGCGGCCACAGUGCUUUACAACAAACCGUCCGUCUUCUCCCAUUCGUCCUAGUCUUCAUCGCAGUAGUUAUGCUCGUUGGGGCGCUCCUGCCGGUCUUCGGUCGCUACAAUAUAAUCUACAUCAUCGCGGGGACAGUGACCAUCGCCGGAGGCGCAGCGAUGGCCGCAACACUCAGCCCCAAUGUUCCAGAAUCACAGGUGCUAGGUCUAGAAGCCCUCAUCGGAGUCGGACUGGGAUGUUCAUACCAACAUGGUGUCGGCGUCUCCAAUGUCAUCAACAAAGACCUGCGCGAUAAGGUAGACAGUGUCGUCCUGUUCAACCUGUCGCAGAUGGGCGGGAUUACUAUCAUUCUUUCUGUAGCGGGCUCGAUCUUCCAGAAUGUGGGAUUCAAUCUAUUGACAGAUGCUGUUGGGAGUAAUGGGUACUCCGAGGAGGAUCUGCGAGAGGCGUUGGCUGGUGUGUCUUCUGCGGUGUGGGAAUCUGAAGAUCCGGCGGUGCUUGCGCGUGGGGUUGAGGCUGUUGCGGAUGUGCUUGCUAGGGAGUUCUAUUUGGUUGUUGCUGGUGGGGCACUUUGUUUGGCAUGCGGGUUGGCGAUGAGUAUCACUCAGAACGUCAUGGCCUUUCUGUAUCAAAUGCUAGGGAGCAAAGUGUGGCCGCCGCGCGAUACGAAACCCGAUCUGACUGGACGGACUCUACUCAUUACUGGCGCGAACUCCGGUCUGGGGUAUGAAUCAGUGAUCAAAUUCGUUCGUGGUUCUGCCAAAAGAAUCAUCAUCGGCGUACGGUCGGUCGAGAAGGGCGAGGAGGCCAAAAGGGCGAUCCUAGCCCAAACACACCCGAAUAAUGUCACCAUCGACGUUUGGCAUCUAAAUAUGUUGGACUACACUACGAUUGAGGCAUUUGCGUCGCGCAUAAAUCGCGAGGUGGACCGCCUAGACUACGUUGUGCUCAAUGCCGGCAUUAGCCCUCGUGCGUACAAAAAAUCAGCCUACGGAUUCGAAUCGGGUCUCCAGGUUAAUCUACUCUCGACGACACUCUUAGCAUUACUUCUGCUGCCUAAGAUAUUGGCGAGCAAGAUCGACGACUUCACCCCGGUGAUUGAAUUAGUGGGGUCUGGCACACAUCAGCGGAUGCCGGAGCUGCUGCCGGACACUGAUAACCCGGAGAAAGAUAUCCUGGAUGUCUACAACUCAGAAGCCUCAUUCAAGACGUUCGGGUUUAUUCAACAGUACUCAUUGACAAAGCUCUUCCUCAUGUAUGUGCAGUGGCACCUUGUGAAGCUGGCGAACGAUCAAGCUGGAUCACCUCGAGUAUACGUCGUUGUUGUUGGCCCAGGCCCAACUCAGUCGGCACUGGCAAGAGACUUUCAAGAUCAAUCCUUCGGAGUCCGCGUCGCUGUCAACACUAUGAAUUUGAUGAUGAAAACAGCUGAACAGGGCGCAAGAACAUAUCUCAGUGGCCUUAUGCUUGGCGAAGAGGGCCACGGGCAGUUUUGGCAAUGGGACUCAAUCAAUAGGUCUGUUUAUAUACAAGGCAUGGACUGGAAGACACUAGACCGCUAA